AUGGUUGAACGGCUGCACCGUCAACUAAAAGCAGCAAUCAUGUGCCAACAACAAUGCCGAUGGACACAGAGCCUUCCCACCGUCUUGCUGGGCAUCCGCUCAGCUUGGAAAGAGGACCUGCAAGCCACGGCAGCCGACAUGGUCUACGGACAGUCGCUACGCCUCCCGGGCGAGUUCUUAGGAUCUCUCCACCGCGAAAACGCAGCGGACAACGUGUCAGAUUUCAUCAAGGAGCUACGCCAACAUCUGAGGGAAUUGAGACCGACGAAGAUAUCUCGCCACGGUACGGGGAAGACAUUCAUUUUCAAGGACCUUGCUACCUCGGAGGAAGUCUUUGUACGCCAUGAUGGUCUCAAACAGCCUCUGCAACAGCCGUAUGACGGCCCGUACAAAGUCAUCAAAAGGGCAGAAAAGACGUUCGUGGUUCGUAUGAACGGCCGGGACGUUACGGUUUCCAUCGACCGCCUUAAACCAGCGUACAUCAUGGCCAAUGAUCCAGUCGUCUCUCAGGAUGGCAACAACGAGGAGGACGUUCCAGGCCCUUCCGAAAAGGGCACAGUAAUUACAGACCUACCCGAUACACAGAAACACACACAUCUAAAAUCAACACUAGAAAACUCGACCAAACACGUAACCAAGUCAGUAUGCGGAUCUAUUAAAGCAAACGACGAGGCUUUAACCAACGUGCCAACCAAAAGUGUCAACGAUAUUAAUGAACCUGAGAUCAGUGAUGAAAUAUUGGAAACUAAUUUUAUAGACGUAAACUUAUUAGAUUCAUACGAAGAUGAGUCGUCAUGGGUAUAG